GGGGGGGUGGAAGGCAGCCGAUUGUUCGAAGCUGGUUGACCACGCCAUUGGAGAGAUGAAUAAGUGGGUCAAGGACCGUGAUGGAGUGCUUUCUGGUACGAUAGGCAGCCUCGAAAAGCCGGACGGGUACGAUACAGAUGAUGUGUCGCCCGUGGGUGAUGUCGAGGAAGGGGUAGGGGAGCAGAUCCAGCAGGAAAGCGCAGAAUGGGGUGAUGGCAGCGACGAGGUUGAACCAUGAUGAGAUUUUUUCAGCCUUGUGAUCAAUUGCUACACCCAUGCACUGGGUGUACCAUGUUCCAACAGCACACAUAUGUGAUUGUUGUGCGCGGGGGGUUGCGUCCCUGCUUCCAGCUGCUGCAGUUGUUGGAAAAAAAAAUAAAAAAUAUUCG